CUCCAUUGUGUCUGGUACGUGCGUGCGCUCAGGUGUCCCGACAAGGAAAUGGGGUUGGUAAAAACAAGACACUGCUGAUCGUCAACCGCGUCUGGUAAAAUGUUGUUUUACACCGGACCUGUGCUUUUGCUGCUCGUUCUGGGAGGUUCUACAGUCGAGUCCCUCCCUGAACAGACGUGUUUGCAGUACGCAGAAGAUGGAAACUGUGACUUCUACACGGGAUGUUUGGAAGCUAAAUACAGCUGUGGAGCCAAGGGCUACCCUGUCGGCUACGGGCAUCGAUACUGUACCAGGUUCAGCACAUACUACAACGAAUUCAAUGAUGAGGGGAAAGCAUGGAUAGACGAUGUGCGCAGAUGUCUCAUGAACGCACUGGUGCCCAUAUACAAGUCCAACUCCUACAGCUGUGAUGAAGUAAAGACCCUGGCCUUUACCUCUCACCCAACCUGCUACACAGAGAGCGGUGACAGGUUCUGUAAGGUCGAGAUCUUCUGGUCCAACAGACUAGCACUGCUGGAGGUGUUCGAAGCUGAUGACUUUUUGGGUGAAGACAGUGCCUUGGCCAUAGAACAAAUCCUGAUGACAGGACUGCAGUGCUUGUGUGACUACGGGGUUGCUGAUGAGAUGCACAGACUUGUGGACGCGACCAGCGAUGUCUGGACCAAAGUCUUGGAUUUCACAACUCAACUUUGGCGGGAUGGUCCAGUUGAAGCCAUCCAGGCUGACUGUGAGGACAAGGCUCUACAGGGAGACUGUGACUUCUACACCUGUCUGGAGCGGCGCCACCCGUGUGGACUGAAGGGGUUCGCCUUAAGGGAGGGUCGGACAUUGUGUGAGGCUCUCAAGAAGAAGAAAGGACUGUUUAACGCUCAGGGCCAGGCAUGGGUAACAGAAUUCACCAAGUGUCUGACACGUUCACUGCUCCCGAAGUACAGAGAAGAGUCAAUCUCCUGCAGGCACAUCCACAACUUUGGCUACCGGGCACAGGACAGCUGCUUCAUAGACACUGGGAUAUGUGAUCUUGUGGAGGACAACCAGAACGAGUUUGCUCUCUGGUACAUCUCCAAUGAUGUUGAAGACAGCCGGUUCCAGCUAGAGCUGUCCACCAUCCUGUGCCGCUGUAACAAGUAUGAGGGAGGGAGUCGCUACAGACUCAAGUACAGCAGCGAGCUUGGCAUCCACUUAAAGCAAAAAGCACCAGUUGUGGACCAGUCGUCUCCCGCAGACCUACCGUGCACCAGUCAGGGUGGAACAUGCCAGGACUACACCGUAAGAACGUGUCUGGCAGGGUACGAGACAAACAAGUGCGGCGGCAACGCCUUACGGAGGUGCUGUCUUCAGUGUGACUCUACAUGUCAGUCCAACCACCAGACAUGGUCAGCUGGAGACAGCAGCUGUUCUAACGCCGGUGGACAGUGUAAGAUGGACAGUAACUUCUGCCAUGGUCAGUACAGGACUGGGAUGUGUGGAGGACCUGCUGGUAGAACGUGCUGUGUUCCAGGUCCUGGCGGGAGUUCUUCAGGAUCAGGGGAUUCUGGUUCAACAGGAUCUGGCCAUGGAAACUAUGGUAACAUCAUGAAUGUGGACACAACUGGAGCCUCAGAGACAACUGCAAGACAGGAUGAAAAUGCAAAACACUUGAUCGGUGUUCCAGCAUCUCAACAGUUGGCAAGAAACGACCUGUCCCGUUUAAACAACUACAAGUCACAGAUAGAGGAAGUCGCUACAGACAAGAACAUGGACCCUGCCAUUAUCGCGGCCAUCAUCAGUCGCGAGUCACGGGCAGGGAACGUGCUGGAUGCCAACGGAUGGGGAGACGAGGGCAAUGGCUUUGGCCUUAUGCAGGUUGACAAACGUUACCACACUCCAGUCGGUGAAUUUGACAGCACAGAGCACAUGAAACAAGGCACCCAGAUUCUUAUCGACACCAUCAACUGUGUGAAAAACAGGCAUUCUGAUUGGACAGCUGAAAUGGCCCUCAAAGGUGGCAUUUCUGGAUACAACGCGGGUUGUGACAACGUGCAGACAUACGAAGGCAUGGAUGUAGGUACCACAUUCGAUGACUAUGCCAACGAUGUUGUAGCAAGAGCUCAGUGGCUCAGAGGCCAAGGCUUUGGUCAAGGCACAGCAGAUUCGUCUUGCACAGUUCGCCCUUACAGCAAUACCAGGUUUGUGGGCGACCCAAUUCAUGUAGAAGAUGGCUUCAGGGGCUCCAUGGACACGAUUAAUACAGCAGCUGCAGAAUGCAAUGUCAAGGUAUACAUAACCCACUCGUGGCGGAAGGUUGGAGAGAUUAUUCCUGGAGCGAUUGUCACACCAGCCAGUCGGAGCAACCAUUUUGUUGGUCACGCCAUCGACAUGAACGUCCAGCGUCCAGAUGAAUCUCUGUGCAACAGCUCGUGCUUGAGAGGCCAGAGUGACAGUGACGCUACCUGCUUCAUUGGUAAAGUCCGAGCAGCUGGCCUGACAUGGGGAGGGGUGUGGAGCACACCAGACCCUGUCCACAUUGACGAUCGUCUGAACCAGAACACUGCAGUGUACGACACCAUGGUAGACAGGCUUCAGAGAGCAUGUCAGCACAUCCCAAUGACCUAACAUCCUGACAUAAUACUGUAAAUGGCCAUCCCAAGAUGUAAGAUUAAGUUGGUCUCUUUAAGAUAGUUUGUUUCUUUGUUCUUGUUAUCUUGAAGUUUACACUUAAGAAUGACGCAGUAAGAGAAACAGUAAAGUACAUGUAUUGGCAAACACAUUGAUAUGCAGCAAACUAUACACCAUAGUGGAAAAAAUUUUAAGGAUACAGUGUAUGCACUUAAUAUCUGUUUCACUAACAUGACACAACAUGUCAUACCUAAUUGUGUACAUAUUAAGAUUUUACUAUUAGUAUUUCUUGAAGAAGAGCUGGUAUGUUUUUAUUUCUAUCUGUUCCUGUUGAGACGAUAUAGUUCAUUUGCAGUAUCUAAGAAUGCAAAGAUGGCAUACAUAAAGGCUCUAGCCUGUUCUUGAUUAAUGUCAACUUGUUUUCUGAUAGCUGAUAUUAUGUAGUCUACAGUACAACAAUAAUCAUGUGAUAUUUGGUGUCAGCUGAAGAGCUUCCUAUAUGGGCACGCCCAUGCAAACCUUUUGAACAAUGAUGGAAAAUGUUAAGGGUUAAAGGUAACUUGCUUGGUGUACAGCCCACUGGACCUGUUUUCCUUCUAGCUGCCAUUUUGUUAACUGGUG